AUGGCGCGCCCUGUGCUGAUGGACGUCUCGCAGCGCUGCUACCUGGAGGCGCUGGCGGGCGGAGGCCGCUACACCGCCGGCCUGGUGAUGGGGCAGGCGGUGGCGGCCGGCGGCGCGAUGGCCGUCGUCCACCUGGCCAGGACCCCGCCGCCGGCCGGCAAGGACCUCGUCCCGCCCGGCGAGGACUGCUGCUGCGAAGCCGUCGGCGCCACCUACUACGACGCCGUGGAAGAGAUCCCGCUGCGGGGCCUGUGCGAGCACGCGCGCCUGGUGACGCGCAUGCUGCCCGGAGGCAUGUGGGUGCUGGGUCUGUUCGUCGUGGGGCCCGGCGACGUGCUGUCCGACGGCGCCGCGACGCGCCACCUGCACGCGGCGCACCGCCAGCUGCGCGCCGAGCUGUCGCGCGACCCGCACCUGCGCGGGGCCUGCCCCGAGCCGACCACGCUCGUCGCGCACCUCAGCGAAGACCCGGGGGACCUGCGGCUGGCGCGCUUCUCGAGCGAUUCCCGGAGCCUCUUGACGGACCUGCGGCUGGAGACGCUGCCGCGCCCGCUCGACUGGCACGCGUUCAGCUUCACGUACGACCUGGACCGCGCCUUCGCGCUACGCGACCUGGGCGUUUCGGCGUCGGGACACGUGGGGCGCAUGCGCGACUUCCUGGACGACUUCGCCGAGGACCUGGCUGGGUCCGCGUGCCUGGUGAACGACCUGCCGUGGCGGGCGCUGUCCGAGCGCUACGGCAGCCUCAAGGAGUUCGUCGCCGCCGCCGGCGGCCGGGGCCGGGCGAGCGUGAACCUGGUGCUCCCCAGGGGCUGCCAGUUACCCGAGCACCAGGACAUGGUGAUCGGCCGGCGCGCCGGCUACUCGCACGUCCGCGGCUCCAUCAUGAGCGUCGUGUACAUGCACGACGACUCCACCCUGCGCGAGUUCGCGCGCGCAGUCAAGGAUGACGUGCUGCGCUCGCUGGCGUCGCGGCUGGAGGUCUACUGGUCGCUGUUCGAGGAGCGCGCGGCCGAGGAGGAGGUGCGCUACGUGCACGAGCUGCCCAAGAGGGUGUUCGUCCCGCUGCCCCUCUGCGAGAUCGAGUUCUCCGACUACCUGACGCUCGGCAUAAAGAUAUCCGACUCUCUGGGGUCCAUCCACAGGAACUUGGACGUCGACGUGAAUAUCGACAGCAUCAAGAAAUCAGAGUGUGACAUCGUUAAAAUUUCGUUGGGUGAGAAAAGGGACGGGCAUGCUCAGUCUGUGGCCACGUUCAACCAAAUGACGACCGCGGACAUGAAAGUUGUGAUAUAUACUUUCAUCCUUAUCUGUUUGGCCAUCCCAGCCUUGGUAGUGCAUUUGCGAUAAGAAAACCCAGUUUGGAUAUUAUUAUGUACUGUACUUAAUUGAAAGUUUAUACGUAGGCCUAUAUAAAUCUUAUUUUAUUUUUGAAUUUAUAUUUUAAAAAUUGUAUAUGUUUGCGUAUGCAAACUCUUGCAAUAGUUGUGAUGUUAACUUAUUUUAGAAGAAAGUGAAAAAAAAUAUAUAUAUUAUGGUUUGUUUAGUUUUGAAAGCUAAAUUUUUUUUUACUUGGACAUUUUACAUAAAACAUUUGAAUACAAGUUCAUGCACGAAAUUUGCAGCCACCAAGUUUGGAAAGCAUAGCAUGGGUGUUAGUUGUAGUUGAUUGAUAAUAUCAGUUUAUUCAGCAGAAUCAUUAAUAAUAAAUAAGCUUAAUGUGC